CGAAGGAGACGGCGAGCGGCUCGGACCCGCCCGUCGCAGCGGCGGCCGGCCAGCGGCGGCCGCGGCGCUCGCCCGCGCUCGCGCCCCAUGGGGUCACAGCGGCCCUAGGCCACCUCCCAGACUCCCGAAUGCACAGCCACAGGGAAGAUAUGGAAAUCGCGUCCCACUACCGGCAGCUGCUGCGAGAGCUGGACGAGCAGCGGCAGCAUGGUGUCCUGUGCGAUGCGUGCGUGGUGGUGGAGGGCAAGGUUUUCCGAGCACACAAGAACGUGCUGCUGGGGAGCAGCCGCUAUUUCAAGACCCUCUACUGCCAGGUGCAGAAGACGUCCACGGAGCAGGCCACGGUCACCCACCUGGACAUCGUCACGGCCCAGGGCUUCAAGGCCAUCAUCGACUUCAUGUACUCGGCCCACCUGGCCCUCACCAGCAGGAAUGUCAUCGAGGUUAUGUCGGCCGCCAGCUUCCUGCAGAUGACCGACAUCGUCCAGGCCUGUCACGACUUCAUCAAGGCUGCCCUGGACAUCAGCAUCAAGCCCGACGCCUCGGACGAGCUCUCCGAAUUCGAGAUGGGCGCAGUGCCGGGCGGUGGCACCGACGCGCUCAUCUCGGCCGUAAUGGCCGGCAGGAGCAUCUCCCCCUGGCUGGCUCGCCGCACCAGCCCCACCAACUCCUCGGGGGACUCGGCCAUAGCCAGCUGCCACGAAGGUGGGAGCAGCUACGGGAAGGAGGACUCGGAGCCCAAGGCCGAUGGCGCCGAGGACUUGGGUUCAGCUCAGGCCCUGUGGCCGGGUGACGUGGGCUGUGGGGCUCUGCCCAUCAAAGAGGAACAGGUCUCGCCUGUGGCUCCUUACCAGGAGAGCGAGCUGCCCUGCACCAGGGAUGCUGGUGCCCAGAACCCUUUCUCCGAGCAGGCUGGGGGCGACAGCUGGCAGCCCUCCGGCCGCCGGAAGAAUCGGAAGAACAAGGAGACUGUGAGGCACAUCACGCAGCAGGCAGAUGAUGACAGCCAGCCCAGUUCACCGGGGGUGCCCUCCUUCCUACCUGCCGCAGCCUGGUCCUUCAGCAGCCGCGACUCGGGUGCAGACUUGACUGUCCCUGAAGCUGGCGGCUCCGAGCGGCACGGGGACAGGGUUGACCUCUAUCCCCACGCGGAGGAAAGUCUCCUGGGAGGGGACACCAGCUACCUGGGCCCCCCACUCACGCCUGACAAGGAUGAAGUUCUGCAGCAGGCGGCUGCGGUAGCCAACCUGCGGGCGGCGCUCAUGAGCAAGAACAGCCUGCUGUCUCUCAAGGCGGACGUCCUCGGCGAGGAGAGCUCACUGUUGCUGGAGUGCCUGCCUCGGGGUGCCCACUCCCUGUCCUUGAAUGAGUUCACGGUCAUCAGGAAGAAGUUCAAGUGCCCGUACUGCAGCUUCUCGGCCAUGCACCAGUGCAUCCUCAAGCGUCACAUGCGCUCCCACACGGGCGAGCGGCCCUACCCCUGCGACAUCUGCGGCAAGAAGUUCACCAGGCGCGAGCACAUGAAGCGCCACACACUGGUUCACAGCAAGGACAAGAAGUAUGUCUGCAAGUUGUGCAGCCGUGCCUUCAUGUCAGCCGCUAGCGUGGGCAUCAAGCACGGCUCACGGCGCCAUGGCGUGUGCACGGACUGUGCGGGCCGUGGCACCACGGGGCCCCUGGACGGACCUGGUGCCGGUGGUGGCUCCCCAGAGCUCUUUGCGGGAGACGGGCCCUACCUGGAUGACCCUGAAGACACACGCGGGGAUGGCGAGGAGGAGCUGGACGACGACGAGGAUGAGGCCAAGUGGAAGGAGGACAUGGGGCUGGUCCACGAGGAUGCGCUGCUGGACAAGGACGAGGAGGACCUGGAUGGGGGCCCCAAAGACCUGGCCUGGGUGUCUUAAAGCGUGAGAGUGCUUUGGCCCCUCUACCCAGCU